GUAGAUGACCUAAGAACUAACCUAACCACCAUAAACGAUGCAACAAAGGAGGUCAAAGAGUCUCUGAAGCGACAGAUAAUGCAGACCAUUCUCACACUGGGGAAUGCACUAAAUCAAGGGACAGCACGAGGUAUUUUAGGAAGGUGCUUCUAUGCUUCACCUCUGAGUUCCACCAACCUAAAGCACAAAGUCAAGAGUGAAUUUGAAUGA